AUGGACGUUAUUACGCGACGUAUUUUGAUGAUAGGUCGACCUAUACCUGCAUUGCUCAGAGUUGGAAUAGCGUUUGUGUCACCGUUAAUUGUCGUGGUCAUAUUCUUUACCAGCAUUGUAGAAUAUAUACCGCCAAAAUAUGGCGCAUACACAUAUCCAUCGCUAGCACGAGUUUUAGGAUGGACAAUUGUGACUGUCACAUUGCUACCUAUAUUCAUACAGGCAUUCUAUAUAUUGAGGAAGCCUGGCGGGUCAUUAAUAAAGAAAAUGAAACAUUAUCUAAAGCCGUUAGAUACAUGGGGGCCUUGUGAAGCAGAAAAAGGGGCGGAGUUUCAUGACAAGAAACAUAAAUACAAUAAAAGAUGCUUCAAGGACUUGUUAUACUACAAUGUUUUUGGAGAUUACCCGUCUUCUUCAUCCAUGUUUACGAUAGAAAAUCCAGAACUUGAUCUGUUAAACAACCACGAAGAAAGAAUAUAGUCUUUUAUAUUGCAGAAUGUUCAAAACAUCGCGCAAUCCAUUUAUGUUUUGGUUAUAGUCUGAUGAGAGACGUGAUGGAAAUUUGAUAUUAACCCUUACCCUGCUAAAUGUCUAUAAUGAACUUGUCCAUAUUUCAAUUUGGACAGUACCAUUAACUGUUAAGAGGGGUGCUUAGCAAAACGAUACUGACUGAAUGGAGAACAUUGCAGAUCAUAAUCAAAACUGUACUCAGUAUUUGGAUUUUAUCUUUAAAACUGUACUCAAUAUUUGGAUUUAUUUUUAAAACUGUACUCAAUAUUUGGAUUUAUCUUUAAAACUAUAUUCAAUAUUUGGAUUUAUCUUUAAAACUGUAGUCAAUAUUCGGAUUUAUCUUUAAAACUGUACUAAAUAUUUUGAUUUAUCUUUAAAACUAUACUAAAUAUUUCGAUUUAUCUUUAAAACUAUACUAGAUAUUUCGAUUUAUCUUUCAAACUAUACUAGAUAUUUCGAUUUAUCUUUAAAAACUAAAUAUUUCGAUUUAUCUUUCAAACUAUACUAAAUAUUUCGAUUUAUCUUUCAAACUAUACUAAAUAUUUCGAUUUAUCUUUCAAACUAUACUAAAUAUUUCGAUUUAUCUUUCAAACUAUACUAAAUAUUUCGAUUUAUCUUUCAAACUAUACUAAAUAUUUCGAUUUAUCUUUAAAACUAUACAAAAUAUUUCGAUUUUUGCUCUGAAGAGAUAUCUUUUUAAAUAAUUUUUUCCUUUUAUUUGAAGAAAUUGUUAAUAAAACGCCUACAUGAUGAAAAAUACGGGAUAUUUUUUCUUAGAAGUAAGGACAACGACUGAAAAUAACGUCAAACCACUCCGUUACUUUUUUAACGAACGGUACAAUACAGCAAUAUAAGGAAUCUGGGUCUCCUACAUCAAUACACAUGUCAGGGUUUUUUGUUAGUAUGUCAUAAUGUUUAUGAAGCCAGUUUGGGGAACUGAUGCACUAUGAGGCGAUAAUAAAGUAGCUAAAUUGUAAAGUAUCGUUGACCUCUGUUUCAAAAUGUACAACUUUCGUGUAUUACAAAAACGAAAUAAAUGUUCAGAAAAGUAUUGUGAUUUACAUCACGCCGACACAAUUAUAGGUCGUUCCAGCUUUUGACAAGUACCCAAAGGGCAUAAUUUCACAUUUCACAGGGGUAGAGGGGGAAGGGGGCAACGGUGUGGAACCAUCAACCUUCUGUAAGACACUUGGAAGGCUUCCUCACAUGGAAGAAUUCUACAUUCAAACUGAGGUUUAGAACUUAUAGCGGUAAUGGGGGCAAGUGAGGUUUAAUACUUACAGCAGUAAGAGGUGCAGGUGAACGUUCGGAAUCAAUCAAUGAAGGAGUCCAGCUGUAAAAGGAUUGAACAUCAAACAUACUGUAUGCCCAUAACUUACUUCUUUUUAACUUCACCAAAUACAGUUGGAAAAGUGCUAUGACCAAAAGCCAUACGAAGUUUGUAAAGAACAUUCCCAUAAAAAUCUUGUUUUAAUACCAAAUCUGAGUUACAAUGAUAAAGUGUAACAAAAUAUUAACGCACUCUAUAAAAGCGACAUCCCUGCCGAAGAAGUUUAUUUGUAACAUAUUGAUUACGUUCAUUGAAAUCCUCACCAUGACUACACACUCUGAAAUUCAUUAAAUAAUAUAUAUCCCACAAGAUGUUGCCUGGGUAACAUUCCCAUCCAAAGAUGGGGGAGUGGGUGGUAGAGAUUUACAAUGCAAAAACAAAAGCCAUUGUACCUGUCAUAGUACUCAUCAUGGUUGACAAAGGAUGUUAAGAGUUUUAAAAGUAAAACAACCCAUUAAGGAUGGAAGUAUAACAAUAGAACGAUAUAUUGACUGUAUGGUACGACAGACUUCCAAAGGAUCCUUUGAUUUUGUUAACUAUCAAAAUAGCAGUUUAAGUGCUUUGUGGCGGCGGUAAAAUGUUUCCCCGUACUUCGGCUCAGCGUUGUUAUAUUUUCUGAUCCUUUGGAAUCAUGGAGUCCAUUCAAUGUGUUUAGCUUAAUACGGUGCUAGGGGCGUGAGGGGUGUUGCACAUUUCAUUACCUCUCAUGAACAGACUCCAUCAAACCGAGUAGGCUGUUAUUUUGCUUGGUUGCGUUUUAUGCUUCAAAAGGAUUUUUUCUUACGGGUUUUAAUAUAUAUUUAUUGUCAGUUAAAUUAUCUUUCGCGCCAAUAAAAUAUUUAUACUCUUAUUACGCUUAUGUAGUAGGUAAUAUUCUUUUUAUAUGGAUUCGUUAUCGGCAGAAUGGUGAGACGUAUUGGGACAGAAAUUGAAAUGGAGUCUGUAUAAUUUACAUUUAGGCCUGACUAACCUAAAGGAACCAGCGUGGGAGCCAUCUGGUCUAAUGACGUAAUCGGUGGACAGGUUUUUGAACACUAAUUCUUCACUUGGUACGGUCACAGAGGUUUAAAUUAAAGCAUGUUUUUGUUUAAAUUUGUUUAAAUUUGAUUGUGGAUGUAUUUUUGACAUUUUGGUAGAAAAAAAUGGAGAGAAUAUUGUAUAAGCCAAUUUUAAUAUUAGUAGUACUAUUCCAGGUCACAGCAGUGUGAUUUUGUUGUGAUUUUACAGUAAGCAAAUGUGACAAGAGAAAUCCUUUCUCUUCAUUUUAAGCCAGUUUUAUCACAUUUUCUUAAAUGAGGAAAGGAUUUGUUCUCUAAAACGGGUCUAGCUAUGUUUGGUAGCUCUUUAAAAAAAGUUGUAUAUAGAAUAUAUAGGGAAUACUAUCUAGGGAUGUGUAACCUAUAAUUAAAAAACAAUUUAAUAAAUGUUUUGAUUGUAAGGGAGAUAAAAGAACCUGCUAACUAGAGGAAAUGUAAGAUAUAUAUUCACUACAUUUUACUUUAAACAAAACCAACCGAAUUAUUUUCUUUUCGGAAUGUAGGAAAAUUGCCCCGAAAUAAGACCUUAAAAGUUACUACUCCGUAGCGAAGUUAAAUAACAAACAAAAGAUUAUUAUAGGAAAUGUCAUAACGUUUCAUGUGGCUAAUCUUUGAUAAACAAUUUAAAUCACGAAUGGAAAUAACAACAAUAACAAUAGUAACUAUUUACCAUAUUCUUCAAUCUUUAUUUGAUCAAAUAAAACAUAUACACUGUGACUGGCGUUCAAGUUGAGGUUUAUAAUACUGACCAGCAAUAGAAAUGAUGCAAAACAUAAAGUACGUGGAAAGAUGUCUUGUGAAAUUAAUUCAUGUUAUAUUAAAACCUUUAAAAACAAGAAAGUAGGCCAGUAGGUCACGACUAAGACUGUUCAAGAUGUGUAUUAAAUACUGUAUCAAACAUUAAAUGUGUGGUCCAAAUUUCUUUGCUGUAACUUCAAAAACAAGUAAGUAUGUCAGUAGGUCAGGAGCCGGUUGUUCGAAACUUUAACCGGCUGUUAAGCUAACCGCCAGUUAAAUUUUGAUUCAAAAUACUAGACUUGGUG